UGGAUUGUCAUUCAGCAGAGGAUUGAUGGCUCAACUGAUUUCUACCAAAAUUGGAAUGCAUACAAAUCCGGAUUUGGAACUUACCACGGAAACUUCUGGUUGGGCUUGGAGAAGAUGCACCAAUUAACGGCAUCGGCUGAUUACAGGUUGAGGUUUGAAGUACAGAGCAGUGAUGGCUGGGUCUCUGAUGAAUACGAUCAUUUCAAGAUAAACUCCGAAAUGAAAAAAUACUCUCUGAGCGUAAGUGGAUACUGGGGCGCAAACAACGAUAUCCUGAACAGUAAUGACAACAACCACCACAACGGCAUGAUGUUCUCUACUUUUGACCAGAUCAACACGCCAAAUGGAUUCGAUUGCGCCUCAACUCAUUUGGCAGGAAAUUGGUUUAAUUACUGUUUCAACCAGAAUGUUAAUGGCCGUUAUGAUGUUUCAUUCAAUUACAUCUUCAAUAAGACGAUGACCCGUUGUUCGGCCUGUAGGAUGUUGAUCAAGAAAAAUUUGUAG